AUGUCGUUCGCCCUCGACAAAGGACAUCAGUCGACCAUCACAGCCAUGGCAUCUUGCCUUCCUCAUGAGGUUUGCUCUGCGACUCCCAGCGACCAAAGACCCAGGGAAGAGAAGAGUGCGCCGUACCGCGACCCACGCUUCAUGGACAAGUCGGGACUGGGCAUCACUGAUAAAAGCAAGAACGAGGCAAGAGUCAUAAGGGAUAUCACCCCGUUAAUUAUUCCCUCUACAGAGAUUCUUGCUACCUACGGGGCUAAGGAGCUUAAUUAUUUGAUUGAAAGUAUUAAUAAAGGAUGGAACUACUUAGUAGGCUUUAGGCAUUAUAUAUUCUUAGAGGAUCGGCUAGAAAAGCUCUUAUUCUUUAUCGGCAACUUUAUUGCUAGCAAUUACAUGACGCUUGCUAUAAGAGCUAUCGUCAAGCUCUUCUAUCUUGUCGGCCUUCGCACCUUCAACUUCACCGAACUUGAUGGCAAGGAUAAGUGGACGGCCUACUGGUUUAUGAGAAAUAUCUAUGGCAUUUGGAUGCCAGCACACUUAACGAGGAUUUGCUCAGCCAUCGACAAGUUGCCGUCUCACUUAGAUUUUGACGUUCCGUCGCUUCCAGAAACUGGACUCUCCCAAGAGCUCGAAAGCAGCCACCAUCUGUCACAGUCAGAUGUUGACUCUGCAAAGGAACCCGAUCCUCAGUCCAGCAUCGCCGAUGCGCAAGGAGCCACUCCAGAUACUUCGUUUACAGAGCCUGGUGCGGCAAAAAGACCGAGGAGAAGGCAUGGCCAGAAGUAG